AUGAUGGCCGCGUCAGACGAUUUACCACGCUCAACCAGUCCACUCUCUCCAGUUUCCUCGCCUCCACACAGCGAAGCAGGGCGAGAUAGCCCCAGUGACCUGAUCACCCCCGUUCGUUUCUUCCCUAUUUCCAGAGCUGAACUCAGUCUGCCGGCCGUAUUGAAGUGCGGGCAAACUUUUAGAUGGAACCGAACUCAACUCGUCCUCAAACCAUCUACAUCCGAUAUCGACAGCAGCGAUGACCGUCAAGACCGAAAGCUUAAAAAUGAAGAUGAAGCAAAGAAUUUAAACAUCGCUCCCCAUUCAGAACUCGUUGAAUGGAGUAUGGCCUGGAUUGAUCGUACUGUAGUGUUGCGACAAGAUGAUCAGGGAAUCUAUUACACCGCGUUAUAUAGACCGACUCAGACGGGGGAAUAUAACAACGAUUGCAAUUUGAAUACGACUUACAGCUUGUUAAGGGCUUACUUCGUCUUGGACGUCUCGUUAGCCAGCUUGUACCAAGAUUGGUCUGAACGUGACCCGGUCUUCUCGAGUAAAGUCUCAUCAGGAGAGUGGGAUGGCUUACGCGUCGUUCGGCAGGAUGGCUGGGAGACGAUGAUAUCAUUCAUUUGUUCAGCCAAUAACAACAUCCCUAGGAUAUCUUUAAUGCUCAGCCGGCUCUGUGCUGCGUUCGGGAACCCCAUGCCACGGCCACCUUUGGGCGUCACCCUUCCGAGCAAGUUUGGAUGCCAGAAUGUGGAAGCAUACGAUUCGAGCUCGCCACUUUUGGAAUUGUACUCAUUUCCACCUCCUGUACGGUUAUCUCAGGCCGAUGUUAUCGAAAAAUUGAAACUGCUCGGGUUCGGAUAUCGUGCCAGCUACGUUCACAAAACCUCGAUCAAGCUAUGCGAAAUCGCACUCGAAGCCCGGAAAGACAACCACUGGCCGGGCUUUCCCAAUCUUGAUUGUAGGUCGACUUUUAAGGAAGAUGAGCAAAAACCAGAUCUUCUCAAGCCAAAAAGUUUUGAACCACAAGAAUUUCUGGACUUCUUAGCCUCUCAAACCUAUGAGCUUGCCCACUCCAACUUGGUCAAUCAAUUUCCAGGGGUAGGCCCUAAAGUAGGCGACUGUAUCUGUUUAUUUGGUCUAGGAUUUGUUCAUGUCGUCCCAGUGGACAUCCAUAUUUACAAGAUCGCCUUACGAGAUUACCAACUCGACCUCUCGCCCUCCAAAAAAAGCACGAGCCCAGCCCGGCCAAGUGCCAAAAACAAGAAACAAGCCGUGGCUGACCAACAAUCUUCAUCGCGAAGAUCCGCGCCCUCGUCUAAAAUCUCUCCGAACAAGAAGCCUGCUCUUGCUAAACAAGUCCCAUCCAAUCACACCCCAGUCAAGAAACGUAAAUCUUCCAAUCCAACCUCCCCUCCGCCACCUCUCUCCCGCCCAAACUACCUCAAAAUUCAAGACUUUUUCCACUCAACUUGGGGCCCUUGGGCAGGCUGGGCCCAACAGAUCCUCUUCCUAGCCGAUCUGAGUAAAGCUCCCAGUUAG